GUUCUGUAGAUUUACUGUGAUGACUAAUUGUACAUCCUUAACUAGCUUUCUUUUGUUUAUAGACAGACACAUAAACUGUGUUAUGUACAGAGUAACAGUUCUAUCAUGCACAAAACAUUUACACUUUAUUAUCCACAGGGACAGCUCUUAGGGGAUCCACAUUGGAGAGAGGAGCGAGAUCCUCAAGAAAAAAAAGACGUCUGUGUUUAUCAGAGAGACACAAAAUGGACAGAAGAUGAGAGAAUAGAAAUGGAGAACUCUGCUUCACGUGUUGAAUAUAACAUAGAUGACAAACAAAUCUUUACUGAAUAUAAAAAGAAGAUCAGAAAACUGGAAGAAAUUGAAAAGGAGCUAAAAAACACUAAACUGGAACUGGACAGCACGUCUAAAUCACUGCAGCAUAAAGACCAACAGCUGGAGGAUUAUAAAAGACAAAUAGAGAAUAAAGAUACAGAACUAAGAAACCGAGAGAAAAUUAAUGAGGAGAAAGACGCACUACUCAACGAUAUAGAUACAACACUAGAGAAGACGAGUAAAGAGCUAGAGGAGAGAGACAGAGCUCUACAUGAGAGAGAUCAACAACUGAAACUGAAAGACACACAGAUACAGGAGACACAAAUACAAGUGGAGGAAAAGGACAACAGACUCGUGGAGAAGGAGAAAGAAUUAAAUGAUAAAAAUGAAGAGCUGAAGAUUCUAAAAGAACGUUUAGAGACUAAUGAGAAGACUCUUUCUGAGAGAGACGCAGUGUUAAUGGAAACUAAUAAUAAACUUCAACAUGUUACUGAACAAGUUAAAGAGAAAAUCUCACAACUGGAGAAUAUGAACAAACUGCUGAGUGAGAAAGAAACACAGCUGAAGAAUACAGAUAAAAAGCUGGAAACCAGUAAAAACGAACUGGAGACACUGGGACAGGAGCUGCAGGAUGACAAGAGACAACUAGAGGAGAUGAUGAUCGUACUGGAGCAACAGAAAACUAAGUUAUCAGAAAAAAACAAACAGCUUGAAGAUACAGAGAGACGUCUAACUGAGAGAGAGACACAGCUAAUGGAGAGAGACAAACACCUUCAGGAGAAAGACAAAUGCCUAACAGAAAAUCAAAAAAUGCUUCAGAUGAAGGACAAAACACUGGAAGAGAAGGACACACUGCUCAGAGAGGUGAAAAAAGAAUUAGAUAGAACAAAUCACAUGUUAGAAGAAAAUCAGUCUCAGUUGAAAGAGAAAGAAAGACAACUGGAGAGUGUAAUGAAAGAGCUAGACACCAGUAAAACCAAACUGAAGGAGGGAGACAAAGAGCUGCAGGAGAAGGACAGACUUUUAAAUGAGAAUGAACUGGGGAAAACAAAGAGGACAUUAGAGGAGAAUCAGACUCAGUUAAAAGACAAAGAGAGACAACUGGAGAGUGUGGAAAAUAAACUGGAAACCUGUAAAAACAAACUAACUGAACGAGACAAACAGCUUCAGGAGAAAGACAGACUUCUAGAGGAGAAAACAAAGCAGCUGCAGGAACAGACAGAUCCAGAAUCAUCAGCCCCCAUCAGGAGAAGAAACAGCAAAGAGUGGUUACCUCCAAAUAUGAGUGGAGAGACUCAGGACUCAGCAGCACCAAUCAGGAGAAGAAACAGUAUGGAGGGACAUCGUCCUACAUUGGGUGGAGAAUCGUCUAGUCCACAUUCUCCAGUGUCGGUUCCUGCAGCAGAACUGAGGCUGGUGCUGCUGGGGAGGACGGGGUCUGGGAAGAGUGCAGCAGGAAACACCAUCCUGAGCAGAGAGGAGAGGAAUCAGACUGCUACAUCUACAGCUACAUCUACAUUCACCCAGCAGAGUGAGAGCACACAGGGGGAGGUGGCUGGGAGGAAGGUGACUGUGGUGGACACUCCUGACUGGUUCUCUCCUGGAUUCUCUCUGGAGAAGCUGAGACAGGAUGUGGGACUCUGCGUCCAUCUGUCUGCUCCAGGACCCCACGCCUUCCUCCUGGUCAUACCUGUAAAGCAGCCUAUAGGAGAGGAGAGAGGGAUGCUGGAGAAAAUGGAGGAGAUUUUUGGAGAGAGAUGUUGGAGAAACACCAUGAUUAUAUUCAGUGUUACUGAUGAUGUUCAGAAGAACCACAUUGAGGAGUUCAUCCAAUCAGGAAACCAGGAGGUCCAGAGACUUGUAGAGAAAUGUGGGGACAGGUUUUACUGUCUCAACAUUAAGGAGAGUGGAGAUGGUUCUCAGGUCUCAGACCUGCUGAAGAAGAUAGAGAAAAUGGUGGAAGGAAGCAGAGAGAAAUUCUACAGCAGUGAGAUCUACCUGGAGACAGAAUCUCAGAUUAGAGCGAUGGAGACUAAGAUCCUGGGGGAAAGAAAAGAGAAAAUGAUAAGAGAGGAGAUUAAAGUGAAGGAAAAAAUAGAUAAGGAGGUGCAGGACUCUCUGAGAAAGAUAGAGGGAGUGAUCCAGGAGCAUGAAGGAGACAUCAGACAACUAAAUGACCGAACAACUGAACUGGAGAGAAAGAUGAAAGAAGAGAGAGAUGAAGAGAAAAAGAAAGAACUUGAGAGGGAGCUGAAACGAGAGGUAGAGCGAAGGACAGAAAUGGAAGAAAAGGUGAAGAAACUAAAAGAAAAGAGAGAGAGGGAGAGGAGAGAGAUGGAGGAGAGGCACCAACAGGAGAUGGAGGAGAUCAGGGAGGUGUAUGAGGGAGAGGUCAGGAUGGAGACAGAGAGAAACCUCAUGAAGAUCAUCCUGCCUGAACUCCAGAGAAACAUUUUGGCCUCAAAAACAAAGAUGCAGGAAGAGUUCAGCAGACAGAUGGAGGAGAAGAACAGAGAGCUGGAGACUCUUAAACAGAAACUUUCAGAUCUCACAGAAGUUCUCAGACUGAGGGAAGAAGUUUAUCAGGAAACAGUGAUGAGUUUAACGUAUCAGAACCAGCAACCAGUUUAAACUGAAUUAUCACUGCAUGUAUGACUUUGGAGUUGAUUCUACUGUUUGCAGACACAAUAACACUAAUAACACAAUUCUUUUUAUUGUGACUUGAGAUCAGUGGUCUCAUAUUUCAUAACAAUGAUAGUCAUGUUGAUAAAGUUUUGGCAUUAUGAGGAUUUUCUAUUAAAAUGUCAGAGUGUAAGUGCUGCUAGGAUGUUCAUCAGGAGGACGGCACAGGAUUCUACCAAACCCACAGAACAGUUACAGAUACGGUAGCAGCAGUGGUGAAAAACUGUGAUAAAGACAAACCUUACAGCACAACAAAACUCUAUAUUAUAUAAUAAUAUAUAAUUAUAUAGAACUUUAACUUUUGUGAAAGAACACAGUAUAAUAUUUUUUCUUAAACUUUCAUGCCAAGAUGUUAUUUACAUUUUUCCACCUCAGUACAGACGGUUUAUUGGUUAUGUGACAAAAAUAAGUUGUUUCUCUGGAGUUCCACAGCAAUUUCAUAUGUACAAUAAACAGAAAAUAUGUGUAAUUUUUAAAUAAAUAUUUAUGAAUUUAAGGUAUAAGGGGAAUAAAGCAUGUCGUUGUUGGUUGUGUUUUAAGUGGAAACAGUAACAUUGAUUAUAUUAAUUACACGUAUUAUAAUACAGUUUAAUGUAUUUUUUGUAAUUGUCUGGCAAACUACAGCAUACUUGUAAUACAUUUCUCUACCAGUAGAGGGAACCAACAGACUACUGCUUAUGUUUCUUUCUC